GAGCCACGAUAGCCACAUACUGAUGCAACAGCUUCUUCCAAUUGCACUGCGUAAGUCAUUGCCUGAUAAAGUUGUUAGACCUCUUGUGGAGAUUUCGGCAUUUUUUAGAGGCAUAUGCUCAACAAAGCUAUCACAAGAAGAUAUGGACCGACUGCAGGGUGACGUCUGUAUCACUUUGUGCAAACUAGAACAGAUAUUCCCUCCAGGGUUUUUUACGAGCAUGGUCCACUUGGUCGUGCAUCUUGUGCGCGAGUGUAGACUCGGCGGACCCGUGCAGUAUAGAUGGAUGUACCCGGCGGAGAGGAGUCUGGGGCAUUUCAAGUCUACUGUGCGCAAUAAAGCGGCUCCUGAGGGGUGCAUUGCGGAGGGGUACAUAGCGACCGAGCUGGUAACGUUCUGUUCAAGGUAUCUGAAUAACGCACCAACAUUCCACAACAGACCUCAGAGGAAUCCUGAUGGAUCCAAGGGGGCGGGCACGCGUGUUACCCUGAACCGGUUGAUAAUGCACCAGAUUCAUCGUUAUAUUGUGUUCAACUCUGAAGAGUUUCACAAUUUGCGGACGAUGCACAAAGACGCGCUUAGGCGAUCAUGCACUAGAGGUCGCAUUACGGAGGCUCUUAUUGAAGCAGAACAUCAUGAGCAGUUCUGCGAAUGGUACCCUGCAUAUGUAAGGAAAUAGUUGUAAUUUUUAAGUUGGAUAAAGUUAUGCGGGUUCAAUAUAAUUACCCAAUACACGUGUUUAAUAUUUGUAAUUAUAACAUAGGUCGAUGGCCUUGACGAUCAACGUAGGGAGGAAUUGGGCCACAACUUGGUUAUGCGUUGUAGAGGGCUGAAGGAGACAGCGGUCAAGUACAACAGGUACGUGGUAAAUGGGAAAU